AAAGAUCACUCGCGAAACAAUUGCGAUCUGAUUACCGACUUUGAGUGGACGGGUGUUAUACACAAACAGCUGACCGCCAAAGGCUUCAAGAACUACGACCCGAAAGUGUGGCACAACUGUUACCAGACAUAUGUUCACAAAUACGUUGAGGCGCUCAACCGAUACGACUCGAUAUGUUCGGCAAAAGACAAUUUCGUAUACUUCGAGGAAUUCAACGAAAUGUAUUUCAAUCACCGAAACCCGGCGUUCAUUGCGGUAAUGAACGCGCGAUCAAAGUUUUUAUUGGCGUUUUUGAGGCGGUGGCGACACGAAGACACUUCCAACACAAUGCCCGACACCGAAGACAUCUCCAAACUGAAGCGAACGGUCACUCGACAGCAAAAACUGAUUGAUUUGCGCAAAGAGACCAUCGUUUUCCACAAGAAGCUCGAGAACAACGUCCCGAAGAUCAAAGUUUUCAAUCUCAUCGUUCAGGCCAUCGCCGCUCUUAAAGGACAUCUCAGCGAACCCGGCCUUUACGUCAAGAUAUCCCGUAUUCUGGCCGACAGUGGCCUCGACUGGAAUCACGACGACUGCGAACAAGCGCUCAAAGAGUGGAUAGUUUUCUACGACGAGAACUAUUAUAAUUACAAGAAUGCGAUGAAAGCCGACAACAGAGUUGUGGAGUAUAUCUACGAGUUCUUGAAUAUCAUAACAACCGUACGGUUGGACACUAUCUUCUACUCGAAUCAGAAGAUUACCGAUUGUCUCGAGUCGAUCGCCAGACAUACGGGCAAAUCGACGCCUCGUUGUCAACGGCGGCUCAAAAUCAAUGAUAAGAAUAUCGAUAAGAUUCUGGAAGCGGUGCGAACUGAGCAGCAAUUGAAUAGCUUUAAGAAUUCAGAUGAUAUUCAAAUCAUUGCCGUAUUACCGGCGAAGAAGCCCAACACUUCCAACGAAUCUUCGGUCACCAGUAAAGCCAAAACCACUAGUGGUUCGUCGAUCACUGGAAAGUCCACUAAGACUUCCCCGAAGACACCGAAGGCGGAGACCACUAAGACCCGAGACAGUAGUCAAAAGAGUUCGUCAUCUAAAAAGUCUUCCUCGAGUUCUACGAAAAGUGAUGAUAAGAAGUCGUUAAAAGUGCCAAAACGUGAACACAGAGACAGCUUUAAGGUCUCGUCGCCCGAGAGCUGGCGCUUGGAUUACAGACAUUACACGAUUGUCUAUUUGAAAACACUGAAUGACUGCAAGAGUGUGGACAGCGCUCAGAAGGCGUUCCCAUUGUUUAAGGACUUAAACAACAAUUAUUUCAAUUCAAAUAACGCCUUAUAUAAGGAUAUAAUGACUGCGAGGGAAGAGUUUGCGAAGAGAUUACCGAAAUUCAAGUCCGAAGCGGAGGAAGAGCUGAUCCGAACGAUACAGAAUCAGAGCUAUAACGCCGACCUUCACGACCAUCGGCUUCGAUGCUUUCAGUCAGACCUGGAGAGCCGUAUCGAUGAGAUAAAGUGUGUCAAUCUGAUGGUACAGAUCAUUGAUCUGAUCCAACGCAACAACAAGAUUGUCGAGAGCGGCGACAUAUUUCAGAAGGUGUCGGAAGUGAUGUCUGUCACCGGCUUUCUGGUCGGCAAACAGUUGAGUCCCGCGCAGAGCUCGCAGUGGCGGCCCUAUCAGUGCGAAGAGACGCUCCGCUAUUGGACUAUAUAUUAUAAUCAACACUUGGAGUUAUACGAGUCGGCGCUCACAAACCGCCAUAAGAUAGUCAAAUACGUGUUCGACUACUUGAAUAUCAUACCGGAGUUUCUGACCAAUGAGAUUAACGUCCGAAACUCGUAUUUGUUUAGCGACACCGACAGCGCAGAGGAGCACAAACUGACGGAAGCUCUGGUGACGAUCCGAACCCUAACCCAUAAACACACUGUCAAUCGACUCUAUAUCUGCGCGAAGGUCUCCAAUGAGAUUAAACUCAAGUGCGACGACACCUAUCGAUUGGACACUGACUAUCGGGGUAUCGAUAGUAGCUUUAAUUCAACCGAUUAUUACAAUACUUACGAUCAUAAGAGGCCUAACGCUGGACCGGCGGCUGAUCACAAAAAAUUAAACCUUCCGAUUAAGAACUAUUCGGGACACAUGAAUAAUGUU